ACAGGCAACAACUCGUGCAACAACGUUUACCGCACCGCAAACAUGCACGCCUACCGGUUCCAGGAGUGCACCGAGCUCAUUCACCCGACGUGCACCGACGGCGUGAACGACAUGUUCUAUCCCCAGGAGUGGAACCCCGAGAAAUUUGCCGAACGGUGCCGAGAAAGGUUUGGCGUCACGCCAGAAUUCGACAGGAUUCUCAAGAAGUACCCGAUCCCGGACUUCAAGACGGCGUCCAACAUUUUCUUCACUGACGGGGAUAUGGAUCCGUGGGCUGCGCACGGCUUGGCGUAUGCUCCCACGAGUGAAACCAGAUACUACCUCAUCGAGGACGCCGCGCACCACGUGGACUUGCAAUUCUCGCACAAGGACGACCUUGAAUCCUUCUGGCACGCCAGGGCUGUUGCUAAGCGGUUCAUCAGAUAUUGGAUAUCGUGGUAUCCGUAGUCGAGGACCUCGC